UCGACGACCCAAUGCAAAGUAAUGAUCGAAAACGGGCCUUCUUCUCUAGUACUAUCAUCACAUCACAAUUCAAAGCUUGCAACUGCAUCAAAGAACAGCCUAGCAGGCAUGUGGAGGGAGAUACAGGGAUCCAACAACUGGAAGGGCCUUCUGGAGCCCCUCAAUCCCAUCCUCAAGAACGAGAUCAUCCGCUAUGGCGAGUUCGUCAUGGCUUGUUACCAUGCUUUCGAUCUCGACCCGAGCUCAAAGCGAUACUGCAACUGCAAGUAUGGAAGAAACCGGAUCCUGGAGGAGGUUGGCCUGGAGAGCUCUGGUUAUGAAAUCACCAAGUACAUCUACGCAACUCCAGACAUCAGCAUCCCUCUGCAGGACGCCUCCUGCUCUAGCCGGUGGAUCGGCUACGUCGCAGUCUCAACCGGGAAGGAGAUCAAGAGGUUGGGGAGGAGGGACAUUCUGAUCAGUUUCAGGGGAACUGUUACCUCGUUCGAGUGGGUUGCCAACUUCAUGAGUGCACUCACACCUGCUAGGCUCGAUCCCCAUGAGCCAAGGCUCGAUGUCAUGGUGGAACUCGGCUUCCUCAGCCUGUACACAUCCACCGAUCGCUCCUGCAAGUUCGGCCAUAGGAGUUGCAGGGACCAGCUUCUUGCAGAGGUCUCCAGAAUCAUCAACAAGUACAGAGGGGAGGAGGUGAGUAUAACUGUGGCCGGCCAUAGCAUGGGGAGCUCAUUGGCCAUGCUGCUGGCCUAUGACAUAGCAGAGCUUGGACUUAACAGAAUUGGACCAAAACAAGAGAUACCCAUCACUGUUUACUCCUUUGCUGGGCCAAGGGUGGGAAAUUCUGGGUUCAAAAGGAGGUGUGAAGAGUUGGGUCUCAAAGUAUUGAGGGUGGUCAAUGUCAAUGACCCAGUUACAAAGGUCCCAGGGGUUUUCUUGAAUGAGAACUUUAGGGUUUUGGGAGAAAGAGGUGAACUUCCUUGGUGCCAUUCAUGCUACAUUCAUGUUGGUGUAGAACUGGCCCUCAACUUCUUUAAGAUGAGAAAUCCUGCCUGUGUCCAUGACUUGGAGGCUUACCUUGGCUUGCUCAAAUGUCCCAAAAAGGUAGCAAAGAAGAGUGGUGACUUCUUCACCAAAGCAAAGCAGUUCAUAAGGAAGCAAAACUUUGAUUCCUGGCAAUGGAGGAGCGCUGCCAAGAGACUGGGGAAAUUGAUUCAACUGCCAACUAGAAUCUGCAAAACCUAG